GACCCGCCGCCGUCUGCGGAGCACCGUCCCGACCCCCCUCCGCCAUGGCAGGGCUAGUAGUGAGCGGAGCCCAAGUGUCCUACAUUAGUCAAGACUGUGAAGAAAUUCCUGAAUUCCUGGGAAGAAAAUAUGGACAUAUAGCAAAAAGACUAGAUCUUAGCUUCAACUUGUUAAGGUCACUAGAAGGACUGAAAACAUUCAGUUACUUGGAAGAGCUGAUCUUGGACAACAAUCUACUCGGAAAUGACCUUCUGCUACCCAGGUUACCCCACCUCCACACCUUAACGCUCAACAAGAACCAAAUAACAGAAUUAGAAAGCCUUUUGGAUCAUUUGGCUGAAGUUGUGCCCUCACUACAGUAUCUCAGUUUGCUUGGAAAUGUUGCCUGCCCAAAUGAAUUGGUCUGCAAAGAAAAGGAUGAAGAUGACUACCAGAGGUACAGGUACUUUGUUCUGCACAAAUUGAAAAACCUGAAAUUUCUUGAUACUCGACAAGUAACAAGGAAAGAGAGAGAGGAAGCUCUGGUUAGAGGUGCCUUCAUGAAAGUGGUUAAACCCAAGGAUGCUAAGGCCUCCAGCGAUGCUGCUUCUAUCUCUCCAGAGAUGAGCUAUACACCUCUACCUUCAGGAUCCAGAGACCUCACCAAUCACAGAGGCAUCUUGGGAAAAUGCCGCUACAUUUACUAUGGAAAACAUUCUGAAGGCAACAGAUUCAUCCGAGACGACCAGCUAUAAAACACUGCACUCUUUCAUGCCACUUCAGUCCCUCCACAUGAGAAGCACGAAUUGAAUCUAAAUUUUAAGCCUGUAACUAAAGUCCUCUAGUGCCUUCUGCUGACUUUGCCAGGCCUGUCAAGAUCAUCCUUCCAUCUCAGUCUGAGUAGUCACAUAGAGAUUGACAUGAUUGCCUUUAAGCAGGUCCCAUCCACCAGCGUGACAGACAGCUGUGGCAGAGCACCCGGCCUGACAGGAGGAGCCCAGUGAUGGAUUGCCCAGUCCAGCUGCUGCACGCAGGAGAGCUGGGGUCACACCUGGGCCUUCACUGAGCAUGCUCCAUUGGCUGGCGCCACACAAAAGCAGCAUGUUUAUCUCCUCCUCGCCUGUUGAGUGAGAGUGCUGGUGAUAUCAAAGUGUUUAUAAAAGAGUAGGGCUGUAAUUUCAGAUGAAAAAGCCCCUUAUCUGCUCUAAGUUUUUUUUGUUGUUUUUUUUUUUUCCUUGUGAAUUAAGUGCUUUUGUUUCUAUCAUCUCCUAUAUGCUCACACAAAUCCUCUUCAUAGGGUGUUCUUGGUUUUUCCACAGAUGAGCCUGUAUGGAUUAUUCUUUCUUUCAACAGGAAAAGAUAUAUCCAGAAAAUAUUUCAUCAGUGCAAAUUACAAUCAAUUUAUAUUUUUGCUUAUAAGGAAAGGAAAAAGGUUUGAACAGCUUUACAGACAAACAAAAUUUUCUAAUUAUUAAAUAACAUCUCAAAUUUAUUUACCUUGAUCUUCAGAAGAGGGGUCAUUUUUAAUACUGCAGUAGUAGCAUAGGUUCUCUCUGUAGUCGGAAAAGUACUCGAUUAUAAUAUUGACAAUGUAUAUUAUUCCUGGCUUAUUAUGCAAUAUAUACUUUAUUUGUGUAGAGAGUACAUGUAGAAUUAAACACUUAAAUUUGGAAGGAAAAAAGGGCUUAAAAAGUGGGAUGUAAAAUAAAAUUGCCACCAGAUGGAUAUGAUUACUCAGCAGGGAAAAAUGUCAAUAAAAGUAACUGGCGGAAUUAACAUAAUUAACAGCUUUACUAAUAUGUUCUGGAGAAAAGUUCUGUUUAAUCCCAUUUGAAGUCUACAUAAGAAAGGCUACUGUAAGGUUUUCAGUGAAAAACCAACAAUGCAUAGCCUAUUUCUUGCUUCUCUAAAAAAUGGAUUGAGAUACUUAGAAUCACGAGCAUCUUUCUGUGAAAAAUGAUCCUGAUAAUUAACAAAUAUAUCAUGUUAAGUGCUACUAGUUACAGUGUGAUUGGCAUAGGAAUACGCAAAAAUACUGUCCUCUGGGCUGUUCAUAACACAUGCAUAUUGUUCCUGGCUGAGUGUCAUCACUCUCUGGCUGCAUUUGGCUUGACUGUAAUUAGAUGGUGCUCUUAGUUUACUUUCCUAAAGGAUAAAUGUUAACUUUUAGAAGUUGUCCACUGUUUUUGGCUAUUGUCAGCUGUUCUUGUGGGUAGAAGCAAACUGGAUGUUGAAGCCAAUCACAAAAUUUGAUCUGUGUAAAAUAGUGAGACUGAUGGAGUGACAAAGGAAAGCUUGCUGCUACUGAGGGUUUGAGGCCUUGCACAGUAACUGGAAGACUUCAUUCACUCAAGAAGUCUGUAGUAAAUGAAGCAGAUACUUAAAAUCUGUGAUGAACAAUAUAGAGUGAUCUAGUUCAUACCACCUGCGGAGCGUGUCUUGUAUUCUGAGUUUAAAUUGAACACUGAGCUGCUUGCUAUAUAAACUGGUGUCUGGAAAGUAGGCUUUGGUCACUUGUAAUGACUCUGCUAAUUUCCUGCAUAGUUACAGUGUCCUGCAAGUUAUCCUAGGAGAUCCUAGAGAAAGGAAAACUACAGGCCUUUUUUUUUUUUUUUUUUUUUCCCAGAAAGAGUCCUCAGAAGUAUUUAGGGCACUUGUCUUCUCUCUUGGCUACUGAAAUAACAGCAAUUCUUGUUUGUUCAUAUUGUAUUGUUCUUUUUGAAGUCUACACAUGUUUUGGCCAUGGCAUAUUAUAGGCAGCAGGUUUUGAAUACGGGUCUUUAGAAUAACCUAAUGUCACUUUCAGUCUGGUUGCAUAUAUGUUCUUGUCUUUAUAAAAGGCUUUAACCCUGCCUCAAACAAUAAACAGCACUUGCAAACUGA